AAAAAACAAAUCGAGGGAACAACAGACUUCAAUUUUCGAAUAGAAGAAGAGUAGUGAUUCAUCCUAGAUGUCACCCAAGGGAUGCAUCUCGAAAGUACCAUCUACUUCUACCUCGUUAUCAGACUGCUAUGCGUGAUUAACUGCUUAGUGAUGUUAUUCUGUGUUGCACUGUCGUCCGGUUGGACCAGUCGCAUAGCAGCCAUUAUUGGUCUCAUUUUCGAUUUGAUCUCGAUACUUUUCGUUGGUGGCUCUAUUGGUACACUGUUUGUAUGGGACUUAGCAAACAUGUCGUUGCCGAAGCGCUCUCUAUUCAUGUUGGUAUUCAUGCUGACGUCUAUCAUCGCGGGCGUGAUGUUUUUCAUUGCACCUGGAACGUGUGAUUCAUUCAAUCAGUAUGGAUGCUUUCAAGCCUACUAUUCCGGUGCCUAUAAAAUCGCUGGGUCAUUGGCUUUCGUUUCCGUCGCCUUCGCUCUGAUUGACAUUGUGCUCAACUUUUUCUUCCACUAUCAAAAGCACGCCGUGGCGCCGGCUCCAGACCCCAAGCCUCUCACGCAGGAGCGUGGCAUCUCCCCCGCACCAUCGAUACUCAAAAAGAAAGUUGCUAUCAGCGACGAAAACUUGAGUUCACGCUCGCCCCGAAUGCAAAAUGGUUACAGUACCGAGGUCUAGUCGACUCCAUUCAUAUACGUAUAAUUCACAUUUUUAUCUUUCUAAGAUUGCUCAUGAAUACACUUUGAUAUACCAUAACAUAUCAAAGACGGGAAAUCUCGUCGGUUUUGCCUUGUGGUGUAAAUAGCUUUUCCAAGCCUUGUACACAUGAUUACUGCUUUAAGC